AUGGCGUCGAUCAGCGCGGAUUCAGAAGCCUCCACGACGAUCGUGUGGUUCAAGCAUGACCUGAGGGUGAACGACCAUCCCGCCCUGCAUGCCCUCUCUGCCGCUUCAACAACCGAAUCAGCACUGUUGGCAUCAGCAGCUACAAGCCAUGCGAUUCCGCUCUUUGUCCUUGAUCCAAAUUUCCUGUCAGACCUCCCUACGAGCCAGCUACCGCUGCUCCUCUCGUCCGUCUCCUCCCUGCGCUCCUCUCUCCUCUCCCUCGGUUCCGACCUCAUCAUUGCUCGAGGGGACUCCUCCACUGCAAUCGCAAAGCUGUGUCAACAGGUUCCAUCUGUCCGUACUGUAGUGGCAGAGGAGGAGGUGGAAACCUGCUGGAAGCUUCCACUGGAGCAGGUCCGGUCAGCCUUGAUAGCACAAGGGCAGCAGGAAGGGAAAGCGAAGGAGGAGAAGAGAGUCUCUGUGGAGACAUGGCGAGCUGCAUUGCACGACUGCCAGGAUCCCCUCGCACUUGAGUUCACCACCUUCAAGCAGCAGAGAGGGCAGCCCUGCCCGCCUCUGCCUCCCCCCUCUGCGCUUCCCCCCCUGCCUGCUGGCAUCGACUCUGGAGCCUUGCCUUCAUUGGAGGAGCUCUUAUCGCUGUCAGGAAAAGAAAUGGACGGAACAAACACUCAAGAAUCACCCUCACAACUUCCACAAGUAGACGGGGAAGCUUCAGCUCUCUCUCUCCUAUCUCAGUACCUCCAGGCAGAUUUGAAAGGGGGAAGGAGCGGAGCGGGAGAAGCCGGACUUGCAGGUGGUAACCCUGUAACCGCGAGUAAGCCACUGAGCGAGACAAUUGCAGAGCUAGAGGUGGUUCCCCGGGCGUCCUUCCACGCGCUCUUUGCUCCUGUUCUCUCCCUUGGGCUGCUCUCCCAUCGUUACGUGCAUGAUGCCGCCCGCCGUAGCAGUGGUGGUGGCAGGGGCUCGACUGCAGCGGCUGCUAUCGACACUGUGGAAGCUAGAGAGUGGCACACAGAGAUGGCUCUUCGACCACACACAGCCAUGCCUCCUCCCAACCCCUUCUCCUCCUCAUCCUCCUCCUCGUCUUCUGAUUCCGACACCUCCUAUACCACUUCAUCUGACUACUCUUCCAGCGAGCUCUCAGAUUCCGACUUCUCCUAUUCAUCCCUCUCCUCAUCAACCUCCUCUGUCUCCUCCUCCUCCUCUGCAUCAGAGUCAGAGGAUGAGAGCAGCAGCUCCUUCCUCUCCGUCCCUCCAUCUGAGGAGUUUGACCCGACAGUUGGUCACUGGAGGUGGAGGGGGGCUCUCAUUCAGUAUGGCUCUGUCGGCACAGAAGGACCAGCCAUCCUCUUUGUUCACGGAUUUGGAGCGUUCUGGCAGCAUUUUCGCGACGUCAUGCGGCCGCUAGCCGCCUCUGGGCACCGAGUUUGGGCGCUCACGCUGCCCGGAUUCGGCCGGGCAGAAAAACCUUUCUGGUCGUACACGCAGUACGUGUGGCGCGACUGCGUGGCGGAUUUUAUCCGCGAAGUGGUCGGCGAGCCAGUGGUUCUGGGCGGCAACUCCAUUGGAGGUUACACGGUUUCUUCAGUUGCUGCCCAGUGGCCCGACCUGGUCUCCUCCCUUGUCUUAUUCAACUCCGCCGGCCGAAUCGACCCAGAAAUCCCCAUCCCCACCACCUCUUCUUCCUCCGAUUCUUCUGAUUCCUCCUCCUCCUCCUCGCCCCCGUCUCCCCCUCCUGACGGCCCCUUAUCCAAGGGCCCUCCCAAGCCGGUGGCAUGGCUGCUGUCCCGUGCUCUCUUCCUCUAUCUGCGCUUCAACACUGGCCCCAUUCUCAAGCGCUGCUACCCCGUGAGGCCUGAGCGGGCAGAUGACUGGCUGCUAGGGGAGAUCUCGCGAGCAGCCACGGACCCAGGGGCAGUGGAGGUGGUGGAGAGUGCAUUCUAUCUGCCCACGCCGGAGCCCCUCAACAGCCUGCUCAUCCGAUACGGCGGGCCGGUGCUCGUGCUGCAGGGUAGUCUCGACCCGCUCAAUGACGCAGUUGCCAGAGCCAACCUCAUCACAGCCACUUGCCCUGGGGUCGCUCUGAAGCUCUUGAAAGCAGGGCACUGCCCCCACGAUGAGGUGCCAGAGCAGGUGGCAGCAGGUGGCGUACCACAUGGACUAACAGGCUUGCGGCGCCACGUACAUGCUGAGACGGGAUUAACCAUCCACACCCCAUCUUCACCUUCCCCCCUAUCACCCACCACAGGGCACUGCCCCCACGAUGAGGUGCCAGAGCAGGUGGCCUACCACAUGGACCAAUGGGCUCGUGCCACGUGGUGCUCUGUGGGCGAGGAGGAGGGCGACCGGCCAAUGGGAGCCCGGCGAGCAGCAGCAGCGGCCAGAUCUCCUGCCGAUGCUCUGGAGAUUUUAGAGGAGGAAGCAGCUGUGGGGGUGUUUGGGGGAAUGGUUGGAGGAGGGAAGGGGGCUGGAAAGAAUGGUGAAAAAGAAUAA